GAUGAUGCCAUGCCUGCAGAUACCGGACCAUCCCGCGCUAGCGGCUCAAACCAGCAAGGCGCGGUGCUACCAGGCACAGUCCCGCGGCAGAAGCGUGGCAGCACGAGCGCAACAUACAGACCCCAAAUGCAAGGAGCCGGAGAGCCGAUCACGGCGCAGCUACGCAACCGAUGGAGAAAUUUGCCCUCUCAAAGCUCGCCAUUUACAUCUUGUUCUCAUAGUCGCGCGCCUUCCUAUUCCAUCAGAAAUCUGUCUCAAAUAAAGACGCGCGGCUGAGUCUGCUGUAGCUGUGAUACCCCCUUAGCCUGACUCAGACAGCUUUGCAUGGUGUGGCGCUGCACGCUUGCCUCUCUUUCUUGUUGUUCUUGGUUUUCCUUGCCAUUGCGAUUGAAGCUUUACUUCAGAUAAACCAAACAUGGCGAAAGACUUUGCAGGAGAAGCUUCUCAGGCCAUUGCAGCUUUCACGCACUUCAUCAACGAAGAAACGUUACUCGACCUAGCCGCCCGGUUUUCGGAGGUCUAUACACAUUUGGCAAAGACGUCAUUGGAACACUUCUUAGUCACGCCUGUGACUGCUCUUCCGACAGGCAAAGAGAAGGGCAAGUUCAUCAGUAUCGAUGUUGGUGGGAGCAACCUCAGAGCAGGGUUCGUGGAGCUGACGGGCGAAACUGAACACGGUGUACAUCGCUCAAUAGAACCAAACGAGAAGAUCAAGAGGUCGUACGACAAAUCAUGGCCGAUUGGAGAGCAUUUAAAGAUGGACCAGGCGGAAGACCUCUUCGCGUGGAUAGGGGAUUGCAUUGCUGAGGUCAUCACGGAUGCGCUUGAAGAUAUACCUGCGUCUGUCGAGGCUCCGUUUGGCGACGAGCUUCUCCUCGGAAUUACCUUUAGCUUUCCUAUGGCACAACAAUCCUUGUCAGAGGCUACUUUGUUACCCAUGGGUAAAGGUUUCGCAAUCACAUCGGAUCUAAAUCUAGGCAAGAUGCUGAGUGCUGGAUAUUCUCGACAUAUCUCUCAGCCUCACCGAAACAGUAACAGGAGCCAUGCCGAAUACCUUUCAUCGAGCAAGACAACCGGAUCAUCCCGACUUCCGAGAAUACGAAUAGCUGCAAUUACGAACGACACUGUGGCCACCUUUGCUUCACUGGCGUACGCCGUCAAAGCGGCGCCCAACAGUCGAGUUGCGAUGGGGCUUAUUGUGGGAACUGGAACAAAUGCUACCGUCCCGAUGUCACUCACCAAUCUACAUCCAACCAAAAGACAUGACCUUGCCAAUGGAGAGUCAGUGGAGACGGUGGUCAUCAACACUGAAUGGACCAUACGAGGCACUGACAAGCCGUUGGUAGAACUUGGCAUCAAGACCAUAUGGGACAAGACUCUAGAUGCCAAUUCGGAAGCUCCAGGAUUUCAACCGUUCGAAUAUAUGACCGCAGGGAGAUACCUUGGUGAAAUAGUACGGCUUGUCUUCGUAGACUUGAUAGCGAGGGAUUCGGGUGCAAAUGUGCCUGCUUCGCUAGAGACCAAGAACGCCUUGCAGACGAGGUUCCUUUCGGAGGUCGUAGCAAGAGCGGAGGAAAAGACGGUGACAAUUGAGCUUGAGAAGUUGUUCCCGUCAACAACGGAAGCCUUCUGGGCCCCUGUUCGCGUCAAACUGCUACGAGACAUUGCAUACGCCGUGCAACAGCGCUCGAGUGCACUGAUCGCCGCAGCCUGCGUUGGUCUGCUGGAUUGCGUGCACGACAUCCGCAUUGACCCACCUGCGCGAAAUGGUCACGCUACUACCGAGGACAGCAAGCCCGAAGAGAUUGUGAUUGCAUACGCAGGCUCAACCAUAUCACAGUACCCGGAGUGGCUCGAGACGUGUCAACGCUGGAUUGACAUUCUGGUGGCGAAAGGGUCGGCUGCAAACGCGUCGAAGCGGGUCAUCUUGCGGGAGGCACUUGAUGGAGGCAUUAUAGGAGCCGGUGUGCUCGCUGGUAUGACUGAUGAGAUUGCAUAGAGUGCUUAUAGACACCGUGAAGGAGACUUUCAGUGAUCAUGAAGACAUUGCAUAGACAUAGAUAUAUAGCCCGCGGAAAGAGCCUGUUCAAAUGUACGACC